AUGAAGUACAAUAAUAAAGUAACGGAGACAAGUGCAGCGGAUGCCGAUAUUGUGGAAUUGGUUGCACUCCCUGCCGGAGCGUAUACUUACACCUUACCAACCGCAUCGAACCCUGAUGCAAUUGGAACCAUUGCGACCGCUUCUUCUGGAUUGAUUACACUUGCUACAGGAAAAUCCCUUGAUUACGAAACAAAGACGUCCUAUGUAUUUGUUGUUGUCGCUACACCCGGUUCUGGUACUGCCGGCACUGCCACCGUGACUGUAGAGAUCAAGAACAUGGUCGAGUUCAGCCAGACUCACUACCUAGCGUGUAUCGCUGAUGGAACUACUGCCGGUACGACGAUCGGGACCUUUACUGUUGCAGAUAAGGCCAGCGAUGACACAAUCACCUAUGAAUAUUCACCAACGACACAUUUUGACUACGAUGAAACGACUGGAGUGGUGACCGUCAAAACUGGGGUGACACUGGCCAUGAAAACAUUAGCAGGUUACGAGCUCACCCUGGCAGCGACAGCUAGCGGCGGCUCUUCUGACACCUCGGCUUCAACUGCCGCCACGCUGUGGAUUGCCGUUGGAAUUUGUAGCAGCAACGCCAUGCAGAUCACCGCCAUGUUGGGAAUUGUGUUGCUGUCAUUUGCGACUGCAUUGUACCUUUAAAUUUAGUUUUUGUCUGCAGCAUUAAGUCUGGAACAAACGAACAAAUAUUGUAGACAUUUUUUCCAAUUUUGAAUCCCCGAAGAUAUUGAUCUAUCAAACGACACCAAAUAAACGAACAUUUCUGAUUUUUAACUCCGUAAAUGUAAUUAAUUUUUUUAAUCUGCUUUCUAAUUUCAAAUGUUAUAAUAUAUUUUUAUUUGGAACAUUAUGUUUCUUUUCUAUUUACUAACACAGAAUAGUCCUGUAUGAAUAACCGUUGAGGUUUAUGAAAUCAUGGACAUUCUUCCUCUUUUGAUGUGUUUUGCUGUGAUAUUAGCAUAUAAAAUAAAAUACUGA